GCGUCAUUUGCUUCCUCUGUAAAUUAAGUUUCCCCACCACUCUUCAAUUCUCCCCAGUCUCCAUUGAAAUUGAUUUUUCGUCUUCGCUCUCAUCCAAGAUCAUCGCUUUUCUUCCUCCUAGAGAGGUGCUCAAUAAGUUAUUUUGGUGGGGAGGAAGUCGACAUCAUAAAUCACCCAAGUUGGAGUGCCAAUGGAUCAGAAUGCUACUAUUGAGGAGGGAGAGGGUAGAAAUGGCCUUGAGCUGGUCAGAUCGGUUUCAGAAAAGCAUCUUGAACUUUUGAGGCCUUCUGCCCGAUAUUAUUCCAUAUUUAAAGGGCAACCAACGGAUUCUGCAGAGCGGGAAAAAGGUAAAUAUACCCUGAUUAGAGAUGAAGAAGACUCUCAACUGGGAUUGUAUGACAAACCUCUUCCUUGCUUUGGAUGUGGAAUAGGAUGGUUCUCUUUUCUUGUGGGUUUCUUGUGCCCUCUGACAUGGUAUUAUGCAACAAUUUUGUACUUUGGGAAUUACUACCGCAAGGAUCCUAGGGAACGAGCUGGGCUCGCUGCUUCUGCAAUUGCUGCUAUGGGGUUCUCCGUUAUAUUGUUAAUUAUAGUAUUGAUUCUGCUUUUCUAGCUUUGGUCUUGCUACAAUCCGUAUAUGAAAAGCAUCCAUAUAGAGUUGGUGAUUCCACACUGUUGAGAUGAAUCCAUAAAGCCUAUAUAGUAUUUUUGAAAUUGAAAAUGGAGCAGCACAAGCAAUGUUCUAUAUAGUCUUUUUAUAGAAUCUGCCGUGACUUGUUGAAA